ACUCAAAAAAAAAAAAUAUUGUCGUUCAACAUCUGUGUGUUCACUACCAUGCACUCUGGCAUUGCCAAUGGAUUUAUCUUCGUGGUUCCGACGCAAACUCUUGAAGAAUAGUGAAAAGACCAGUAACCCAGAUCCCUCAGAGCAAACCCUCCUUCCCCAGCAAAACGAAAGGGAAGAAGAGCAGCUGGGAGUCACGGAGCAGUUGGUCGAUCUUGUCAAGUCCUUCACUUUGGACACUUUCAGGAAUUUCCCACUUCCAGACGAUGAGGGAGCUGAAGAAGAUGAAGAUCUGUCUGAAUGGCAGGAAAGGCAUGCCACCAUUGUGCUCUCAAGAGUGAAGGAACUUUCACAUUUGAGAUAUAAGCUAUGCCCCCGCUACUUGAAGGAACGUCAAUUUUGGAGAGUGUACUUUGUGCUUGUCAAGAAACAAGUGGCGGAAUACGAGCUGCGUGCCAUACAACAAGCGAGGAUCAAAGAAAUGGCAGUGGAGAAUGAAAAGUCUACAAAUACCAGUGCAUGUGAAGUCGAAAUGUCAGAAGCAAAGCAGGGAGCAAAAUUAGCGCCUCCAACGCCAUAGCAUCACAUAAAUUGCAUUACUGCAUUUCUCUUUAGCAGUAGGAAUCUUAUCCAUUCCAUUCAGUCCUUGUGCUGAUGAACUAGUGACUUGUUAACGCUAACUUCUGUACUGUCUGUAUUUAAGCUUGCGUUAGUCGACUUCGUGGCAGACUGAAGGGGCAUUGUGAAGAUCUGCACCCUGUGAUCCAGCAUCGGGACUGGAACGGGGGAUUGGAGUAGGAACCUUCAUAGUUAGUCAAACAAGUAAGUUGACAAAUCUCGUCAUGUUACGAUCCAAACUCCAAUCUUAAUUUUUUUUGGAAUUUCACUUCUUACGUCGAAA